UUCAUAACUGAGCUAUCACAACAACAACAUCAACAGCUGUCCUGCUGCACUGCACUACUGCACCUGUAAUUUUACGUUGCUUUAAUCGUUUCCCAAUUUUAUUUUGUGCAUAUCCCUUUUCGCCGUUGUUGGCCAUUAUGGUGUUUAAUAGGGAUACUGAGGUACGAAAGCUACCCUAUGUAGAUCACUACAAUCUUGCUCUUCAACUUGAAGAUGGAUCGACAUGGAAACGGGUGAUGGGUCGAGUGCAAAGAGCUCCUACCGAAACCCUCCCCUGCCCUUACAAAUAUACAACAAAGCACAUUAAGAUGGUGGAGGAAGCAGGAGGCAGGCAGAAUCGUAGUUGUGCUGAAAUUUUUUUGGAGGAGUGGGGAUGCAGCGGAAGAAGACGACCUACUCUUGCUGACCUUCUCAACCUUUUGACGGAUCUGGAACUAUAUAAAGCAGCUGACUUUGUUGCUGUGGAACUUUUAAAAGAACCUCGUCCAAGGAGGCCUGAGAGUGGACCUGCAGCUGAAGUUUUCCUUUCAGAUUCUUCUGAGUUUCGUCAAAGUCCUGCAGCUCUAUUACCACAGGAAGUGGAAUCAUUAGUUCCCGUUGUGACUCCUGCUAGAAUUGAAUCCAAUGAAAUUAGCUCAGCUGUUGAAUCCACUCGGACGUAUCAACAACUGGAAACUUUACCCAUAAAUGUACAUUACCCACGACACAUUCCCUACAUCGAGCUAAAAGCAAUCACCAAUAACUUUAAUAGUGAUCCUGUUGGUGAAAAUAGUGGACGAUUGUUGGGCAAAGGUGCUUUUGGUUCUGUACAUCUAGCUAUUCGGGAAAAUGAAUUUACAGCUGUUAAAUGUUUAGAAAAGGAUAAUCCUGACAAAAUGUUUCAUAGGGAAGUUAAAACGAUGUUCAGUGUGGAGCACCCAAAUUUACUGCGCCUGAUAGGGUUUUCUGAAGAUGGUCCAAACAAAUGCUUGGUCUACGAAUAUAUGAGCCAAGGAAAUCUUCAUGAGAGACUCUCAUGCAGGGGACGGUGGCAGCAUCCUUUGUUGUACCCUAUAAGAAUCAAAAUUGCUCUAGGCACAUCCAAAGGUCUCAAACACCUACACUCUUUUGGUUUGGUUCAUAGAGAUGUGAAGAGUGAAAAUAUUUUGCUGGACAAGGAUCUUGUCCCCAAAUUGGGAGAUUUUGGAUUAGCACGCUCGGCUGAAAUGGCAUUUGCAUCAGAUGAAAUUUUGGGAACAGAUGUAUAUAUGGCCCCCGAAGUUUUUAGAGGAGAAGUGCCGAUUGAAAGUGAUGUUUUCAGCAUUGGUGUGGUUUUAUUGGAACUGAUUACGGGCUUAUCCCCAUAUAUUUCCUCCGAUUCUGAUGGAUUAGACUUGGUUACUCAUGUGCUUGGCGAACAGUCUAUUGAAUCAUUAGUGGACAACAAGGCAGGAAACUGGCUAUCAACUAACGGUACUGUUUUAUCAGACCUGCUCUUUUCCCUCGCUCGGGAUUGUUUGGAAGAAGAAAAGAGCAGUCGACCUACCAUGUCUACUGUUGUAGAGAGAUUGGAAGCAAUGGCAUAGACUGAAACACAUAUUAACAUGUAUAAAUUUAUAUUU